CAAUGGCAUAUACGGAAAUACAUCGCGAAGAGCAUAAAACAACUGCUUUAACUUCGUCAGGUAACGGCGAGCGUUCCAAAAUACAGUAUACUUGUCUCACAUAGCCCACUGUUUUCUCUCAAGCUUUUUUCGUCGGCCUUUCACCUGCUUUUCACCUGCUCUUUUUUUCUGCAAAAAAAAAGAGGCUUCCUUCUCCCUCUUCCUCCGCAAUUACUCCAUUUUUGUUGUUGCAUUUAAUGCUUCUUCACAAGAGGAGUAAAUCCUCAUAAUCCAAAACUUGGCUUCUUUGCAUCGUCUCUCUCUUUCUUAGGCUCGUUGUAAAUGAAGAUCCGAUCUUGGGUCUGGGUUUAAGUCUAGGGUUUCCACGUCACAGGGUUGCACCGAUGGCUAUGAGAGGCGUCGAUUUCAAGUGGUAUGAUGGGUUUUUCUUGUCCAUGCUGGCAACAAGUGUAAUCAUUGUUGCAAUCAAUUGGAAGCGGUACCAUCUCUGUACGUACCCACUGCACAUAUGGAUAGUGGUUGAUUACACUACUGUGUUUGUUUUUCGCUUGUUGAUGUUCGUAGAUAAUGGACUUGCUGCUGGAAUGGGUUUGGAUUUUGGAUGGCAGCAGAGGUAUGCUCGUUUUGUUGGGAGAAUUGUGGUUCUUUCAAUUCUAUCUCUGCUUCUUUAUCCAUUUCUUUGGACCUGGACUAUAAUUGGCACACUUUGGUUCACAAGUGCUAGAAACUGUUUGCCUGAAGAGGGUCAGAAAUAUGGUUUCCUCAUUUGGUUGCUUUUCAGCUACUGUGGACUCCUCUGCAUUGCUUGCAUGUCUAUGGGAAAGUGGAUGACCCGAAGACAAGCACACAUGUUGCGUGCUCAGCAGGGGAUUCCUAUUUCAGAAUAUGGGGUUUUAGUGGACAUGAUACGAGUGCCAGAUUGGGCAUUUGAAGCUGCAGGUCAGGAGUUGAGAGGCAUGGGUCAAGAUACAGCAUCAUACCAUCCGGGACUUUAUUUGACUCCAGCUCAGAGAGAAGCAGUGGAGGCACUAAUUCAGGAACUUCCAAAGUUCAGGUUAAAGGCUGUUCCAACUGAUUGCAGUGAAUGUCCAAUAUGCUUGGAGGAGUUCCAUGUAGGGAAUGAGGUUCGUGGCUUGCCCUGUGCUCACAAUUUUCACGUGGAAUGCAUUGACGAGUGGCUCAGAUUGAAUGUGAAAUGCCCACGAUGUCGUUGCUCAGUCUUCCCAAACCUUGACCUCAGUGCCUUGUCCAACCUUCGCAGUACUGAUUCAGAACGUUCAUCAGCCAGUGUAGUAACAACCACACGGUAUGUGAGAACCCAGCCAUCCAGCCAGAGCUAUCUAUUAAGAUUGCAGGGCUUACUUCGCCCGGUCCGCACAGAGAAUGCAGGGCCACCAAAUGAUGCAGAUGUUGUCUUGGAAACUGCUGAGAAUGGAGGUGUGCCUCUGGCAACUCAGGAUUCAAGAGGCUCUGAACCACUGCCAGGGCACACAGUUAGAGAUCAUUCCACUACUCCAUGAGAAUGAACUUUUCCUUGUUCUUCUCCGUUCUAAUUGUUGCCACAAUCUUCUAACCACCCAUGUAGAGAAGCUAGCCAAUGUUUGUUCAUGGCUGUUGCUUAAUGCUUGAACCGGAUGUUUGGUGUAAUGAAUGAUCCAUUAACUGAUAUACUAGCUUAUGAUGUUGGUAAUGCAAAAGUUGUCAUCAUGUUUAGCCCAAGAAUGCUCAUUCUC